GAGCGACAAAAAGUGGAUAAAACUGGUGUACGGUCGAGGGCAAAAGAAAACAAAAGAAAUUCGCAACAACUCCGCUGAAGGACGAGGACAAGUCCAGAAACCUGCGCGACCUUAUAAUACGCACAUCCCUUCCAUUUUUUGCAUCAUAAAAUUUGCAUACCAAUUUGCAUAAACCUGAUUAUGGCGCCAAAGGAUUCUGUAAAUACUGGGAACACGAUCUUAGAUGAUAAAAUAAAGGAAUGGCUGUCUUGGAACAAGGAUUCAGCAGCAGAAAAUGAGAUUCAGAAUUACAUCAAUGAAGGAGAUGUAAAGACUCUGUCUAAACUUUUUCUUAAGCGAUUGGAGUUUGGUACUGCUGGACUGCGUGCUCGUAUGGGUCCAGGAUACAGUCAACUAAACGAUUUAGUCAUUGUACAAACUGGUCAAGGAUUUGUCAAAUAUUUAUUAUCCACCAUUUCUGACGCUAAGAAAAGAGGAGUUGUGCUUGGAUACGACGGCAGGCAUCAUAGUAAACGAUUCGCAGAGCUGACUGCAGCUAUUCUUAUGAACAAUGGUGUAAGAGUUUAUAUGUAUUCAAAGGUCUGCCCAACACCUUUCAUCCCCUAUGGAGUAUUGAAGUACAAAUGCGCAGCAGGUAUAAUGGUCACAGCGUCGCAUAACCCAAAGGAAGAUAAUGGGUAUAAAGUUUACUGGGAUAACGGUGCUCAGAUUAUUUCACCUCAUGAUAAAGGAAUCCAAAAAUCCAUCUUGGAUAAUUUAGAACCAUUGGAAUCGUCGUUUAAUACUUCAGGAAUUGAUAGCAAUGAGCUGUUUAAUGAUCCACUUGAAGACGUUAUGCAAUCUUAUUUUAAAAUUCUUAAGAAUGUGGUUUUGUAUCCUGAAACGAACAAAAAUACAGUUCUAAAAUUUACAUAUACAGCUAUGCAUGGUGUGGGAUAUGAUUACAUGGUCAAAGCAUUUGAGGCAGCUAACUUCAAGCCAUUCAUUGUGGUCGAGGAGCAAAAGGAUCCUGACCCAGACUUUCCAACGGUUAAAUUUCCAAAUCCAGAAGAGGGUAAAAGUGCGUUAGAUCUGAGUAUGAGGACUGCUAACCAAAAUGCUUCUGGCAUAAUUUUAGCCAAUGAUCCAGAUGCAGACAGACUUGCUUGUGCAGAAAAAAAUCAUAAAGGCGAAUGGCGGGUUUUCACUGGUAAUGAAUUAGGAGCUUUGUUAGGCUGGUGGAUGCUACAUCAGCACCAAGUACGAUACCCUGAUGCUAAUUUAAGUGACGCGUUCAUGUUAGCAUCUACAGUUUCCAGUAAAAUACUGCGAUCUAUGGCCAACAAAGAAGGUUUCACAUUCGAAGAAACAUUAACAGGCUUUAAGUGGAUGGGUAACCGAGUAACAGAGCUGUUACGUCAAAACAAAACCAUAUUAUUUGCUUUUGAAGAAGCUAUUGGAUUCAUGUGCGGCUCCACUGUAAUAGAUAAAGAUGGCAUCAGUGCAGGUGUCCGUGUCGCUGAAAUGGCAUCAUAUUUAGAAACUAUGGGGAUAUCGCUUGCUGGAAAGCUAGACGAAAUUUAUGCAGAGUAUGGUCAUCAUAUUAGUGAUAAUUCCUAUUACAUCUGUCAUGAGCAACCAGUGAUCAAAAGUAUCUUUGAAAGACUAAGAAAUUUUAACGGAAAACGAAACACGUAUCCAAGCAGCAUCCUUGGAGGCAAAUAUCCCAUAAUUGGCAUUCGCGAUCUUACGACUGGAUAUGAUAAUACACAGCCCGACAAUAAAGCAAUUUUGCCAGUUUCAAAGUCCAGCCAAAUGGUCACAUUCACAUUUGAAAAUGGGCUUGUGCUUACGUUGCGUACCAGUGGUACUGAACCCAAAAUCAAAUAUUACACAGAGUUGUGCGCCUCGCCAGAUAAGCAGGACCUUACAGAGCUGAAGGAUGUACUGAACGAAAUGGUGGCUGCGAUUGUGCUUGAGUUUUUAGAACCAGAAUUGAAUGCGCUUAUUGCGAGAAGUUCAUGACUUUAUUACUAUCUAUUUAAUUAUGAUAUGGUAUGAAGAAUGAAGUUGAUUUAAAUGAUUUCGUGAACGUUGUCGAAGGAAUAGUUUAGUUCUAGUCACAAACCUAUUCAACACAACCAGUGGAUAUUUGAAAUAACCCAGAAGAUUUUCUCAUAACAUUCAUAUUUUUUUUAAAUGUUGCUAGUUAUAUGACAAUAAUCGAAUUGAAAUAACUUCUAGUUGUAUUGUUUUUUAGAUUUUUUGUUGAAGACACUCGAAUUUCUAGUUCAUAACGAAAA